AGCCGUCUCCAGUCUGCCAGAGGACAGCAUUCGUGCUCCCAGUGGAAGAUGGCGGUGGGGAUGCUGUCUGGGGCUGGAGCAGAGUGCUGGAUUUGCACAAAAAGCGAACCCGCAUGGAUAUAAGGGGGAGGAAAAUGAACAUAUUCCUAUCACUUCUCCUGGUCUGGACUCUCUUGGGGUUGUUUAACUAAAGCCUGCUGCCCUUUUUUUCUAGCAGAAAUCAGGGCUUCUUGUCGGGGAUUCACAGACUAUACAUUGAUAGCUCGGCGCAUAGACAGGGUGGGAGUGAAAAGUGGACAAAAAUGUCGGAUACAAAGGUAAAAGUUGCAGUGAGAGUUCGGCCCAUGAACCGCAGGGAAAUUGAACUGAAUACAAAAUGUGUCGUGGAUAUGGAGGACAACCAAACAGUUCUACACCCACCACCCUCAAAUGCAAAAGGAGAGAACAGCAGGAAACAACCUAAGGUGUUCGCUUUUGACCACUGUUUCUGGUCCAUGGAUGACUCCAAUGUUCCAAAAUAUGCUGGUCAAGAGGUGGUGUUCAAGUGCCUUGGAGAGGGAAUACUUGAAAAUGCAUUCCAGGGAUAUAAUGCCUGCAUAUUUGCCUAUGGACAAACAGGUUCAGGCAAGUCCUUUUCCAUGAUGGGGAAUGGGGAGCAGCCGGGUUUAAUCCCUCGACUCUGUUGCUCGCUGUUUGAGAGGGUCCACAGAGAGGGGAACGAGGCCCAUACUUUUAAGGUGGAGGUGUCCUACAUGGAGAUCUACAAUGAGAAGGUCCGUGACCUGCUUGAUCCCAAAGGGAGCCGACAGUCUCUGAAAGUUCGGGAACACAAAGUCCUGGGUCCAUACGUGGAUGGUCUGUCUCAGCUGGCUGUGACCAGCUUUGAGGACAUUGAGGUGUUAAUGUCAGAGGGGAACAAAUCUCGCACAGUUGCAGCCACCAACAUGAAUGAAGAGAGCAGUCGAUCACAUGCCGUCUUCAGUAUCAUUGUCACACAAACGCUUUAUGAUCUACAGUCUGGGAAUUCAGGGGAGAAAGUGAGCAAGUUGAGUCUGGUUGACCUGGCAGGAAGUGAGCGAGUUUCCAAGACUGGAGCUGCUGGAGAGAGACUCAAAGAGGGCAGCAAUAUUAACAAGUCUCUCACCACAUUGGGCUGUGUGAUUUCUGCUCUGGCUGAUCAGUCUGCAGGAAAGGGGAAGGCCAAGUUUGUGCCAUACAGAGACUCAGUCCUCACCUGGCUACUGAAGGACAACCUUGGCGGCAACAGCAAGACAGCCAUGAUAGCCACAGUGAGUCCAGCUGCUGAUAACUACGAGGAGACUCUGUCCACACUACGUUAUGCUGACAGAGCCAAGAGAAUCGUCAACCACGCCGUGGUGAAUGAAGACCCCAAUGCUCGGAUCAUCAGAGAGCUCAGGGAGGAGGUGGAGAAGCUCAAAGUUCAGCUCUCUCAGGCCGAGUCCAUGAAGGCUCCUGAGCUGAAGGAGAAACUGCACGAAUCUGAGAAACUCAUUCAGGAGAUGACCGUCACCUGGGAGGAGAAACUAAGAAAGACAGAGGAGAUUGCCACAGAACGUCAGAAGCAGCUGGAGAGCAUGGGCAUCUCUCUGGAGACAUCAGGGAUUAAAGUGGGUGAAGACAAGUGUUUCCUAGUCAAUCUGAAUGCUGAUCCUGCCCUAAAUGAGCUACUGGUUUACUACCUGAAGGAGCACACGCAUGUAGGCGCGGACACGUCUCAGGACAUCCAGCUGUUUGGGAUCGGUAUCCAGCCAGAGCACUGCGUCCUAGAGCUCUGCCCAGAUGGUGAUGUCACCCUGAUGCCCAUAGAGAAUGCCAGGACCUGUGUGAACGGAACAAUGAUUGAUUCUUUGGUGCACCUGUGGCACGGAGAUCGUAUCUUGUGGGGAAACAAUCACUUCUUCAGGAUUAAUUUGCCUAAACGAAAGCGGCGGGACCGUUUAAAGGAGCUGGACAGAGCUUCUUCCAGAGAGAGCUUUGUUGAGGCAGACGUGGAGACCGCCAGCGAGGCCUCUUCUGAGCAGGAUUACAGCUAUGAGUUUGCCCAGAUGGAGGUCAUAAUGAAGACUCUGGGGAACAAUGACCCUAUGCAGAAUGUGGUCCAGGUGCUGGAGAAGCAGUACCUGGAGGAGAAGCGGACGGCUCUGGAGGAGCAGAGGAUGAUGUAUGAACGAGAGCUGGAGUCGCUACGGCAACAGCUGUCUCCCGAGAAAACACCACAACACCACCGCAGCAGCAGCGACCGCCUUACGUUCCCGACGCACACACCGCACACGAAGCUGCGACUCUGGACAGAGGAGCGGGAUGAGCUUUUUCGUCAGAGCCUUUCUCGACUCAGGGAGCAGGUUGUGAAAGCCAACACCUUGGUGCGAGAAGCCAACUUUUUGGCAGAGGAGAUGAACAAACUGACUGACUAUCAGGUCACCCUGCAGAUUCCUGCAGCCAACCUCAGCGCCAACCGCAAGCGUGGAGUGAUAGUGAGCGAGCCAGCCAUUCAGGUGCGGAGAAAAGGGAAGGGGACCCAGGUGUGGACCAUUGAGAAGCUGGAAAACAAACUAGUGGAUAUGAGAGACCACUACAGGGACUGGAAGGAAGGCACAGAGGAGAUGAAUAACAAGGCAAACAGUAAUCACUGUGACCCAUUCUAUGAGGCGCAAGAGAACCACAACCUGAUAGGAGUGGCCAACAUUUUUCUGGAGUGCCUUUUCCAUGAUGUUAAACUGCAAUAUGCUGUCCCCAUCAUCAGUCAACAGGGAGAGGUAGCAGGCAGGUUGCACAUUGAGCUGAUGCGAGUCAGUGGAGCCGUACCAGAGCGUUUGUCUGGGGGAGACGACUCGUCAGAGAACUCCAGUGAGAGUAGCUGCUAUGAGGUGAUGGACACCAACGGAGAGAUCGUCCACAUGGCCAAGAGGCUCACCUGCAGGGUGCGGAUCAGGGAGGCUACAGGUCUGCCGCUCAACCUGUCCAACUUUGUCUUCUGUCAGUACACCUUCUGGGAGCAUGGGGAGCCCACUGUGGCUCCUCCCAUGGUCAGCCCAGAUAGACCUUCCCCUCGAAGCCCAGAUGCCCAGUUUACUGUCCAGUUUGAUCACUGCAAGGACUAUCUUGUGCAUGUGACAGAUGAGUUUUUGGAGUUUAUAUCAGAUGGAGCACUGGCCAUAGAAGUGUGGGGUCACCGCUGUGCUGGGAACGGACAUUCACCCUGGGAGGUAGACGCACUGGAGGCCAAGACCCAGACACUCCGAGACAGGUGGAAUGAGGUGUCUCGGAGGAUCGAGCUGUGGAUCUCCAUCCAGGAGCUGAAUGAGCAGGGAGAGUACUCAUCUGUGGAGCUGAGUCCUGGAAAAGACAUCAGCACAGGAGGAGUCUUCCAACUCCGACAGGGUCACUCCAGGAGGCUGCAGGUGUGUGUGAAGCCGGUCCAAAACUCAGGCACUCUGCCUCUGCUGGUGGAGGCUGUGCUGUCUGUCUCUAUUGGCUGUGUGUCUGUUCGCUCCACCAAACUACAGAGACCACUCGACAGCUACCAGAGAGAGGUGGAAGACGAUGUGGAUAGUUAUCAGGAGGAAGAUCUCAACUGUGUUCGAGAGCGCUGGUCAGAGGCCCUGAUCAAACGUCGGGAGUACCUUGAUGAACAAAUCAAGAAAAUCAUCAACAAACACGAGAAGUCAGAGGAGGAUAUUGAGCGUGAGGCUCGGCUGGUGGAGCAGUGGGUUGGCCUGACUGAAGAGAGAAACGCAGUGCUGGUACCUGCACCUGGCAGUGGCAUACCUGGAGCUCCUGCAGACUGGACCCCACCUGCAGGAAUGGAAGCUCACAUCCCUGUACUCUUCCUGGAUUUAAAUGCGGAUAAUCUGACAGUGAAUGAGCAGCUGACCGGCCCACAUGCUGCAGGCGUUAACUCUAUCCUGCCGAAGGAGCAUGGAAGCCAGUUCUUCUAUCUGCCCAUCAUCAGGCACAGUGAUGAGGAGGUGUCUGCAGUGUGCUCCUGGGACUCAUCCAUCCAUGAUUCCGUGCACCUCAACCGUGUCACGUCUCCUAACGAACGCAUUUACCUGAUCAUCAAAGCCACAGUGCAGCUCAGCCACCCUGCCUCCAUGGAGCUGGUGCUCCGCAAGAGGAUUGCUGUCAACGUCUACAACAAACAGAGUUUCACUCAGAGUCUCAAGCGAAAAAUGUCCUUAAAGAACACCCUUUAUUCCUGUGGUGUGACGUAUGAUAUCGUUUCCAACAUACCAAAGGCCUCAGAGGAGCCAGAGGAAAGGGAAACCUUGGCCCUCAUGGCUGCUCGCGGGGACAGUGAGGAGACUCAGGAUGGAGAAACCUACAUAGAGAAAUACACACGGGGAGUUCUGGAAGUGGAGAACAUUCUCAGUCUGGAGAAGCUACGACAGGCUGUGACAGUGAAGGAAGCGCUCACUGCCAAGGGGAGACACCUAAGAAGAAGUAUCAGCACACCAAAUGUACAGCAUUCUUCAUGUAGUAAAACAGACCUGACAGGUUGUGAGGAUGAAGACUUUAAGGACCACUGUGAGUAUAUGGACAGCACCAACUGCAAUCCCCAGGAGGGCUCACUUUGCACCACACCCAUCAAAAGCAAGGAGAAUCCAGGUUUGGUUCCAGAGAGCCCUACGUUUUUCAACUCCAGCCCAUUUAAAGUCCUCUCUCCUCAGCCCCCUAAGUUCCUCAAGUCUCUGCUGCCUGUCAAAGAGGAGAACAAGGCAAAGAAAGUCCUGGAGGCCCGGCCGCUACUGGGACAAGAGAGCAUGCGCUCAUGUGUGGACAGCCCUGCACUGCUCCCCCCUCCCUGUCCCUGGCGCCGGCCCAGGGCAGGCAGCGAGGGCCACUGCAAGCCUUCCACCUCCACCUCCACCCCCACCUCCACCACCACUCCCACCAGCAGACAGCUCAGCCAUACACUGCCACACUCUGCUCAGGACUCUGAGGACGAGGAGACCGAUGUGGACAUGACGCUGAAUCUCAAUCGGGGCCCUCAGGACCACAGCGGCUUCCAGCCUUACAUCCCAGAAGACUUUGCAAACUUUGAGAUCUACAAUGCCACUCUGGAGAGCCAGGAGGGCUUUCUAUCCUCCCGUUCUGACUUGAAGGGAAGCCGGUGUGGAGGUGGGAGUGGGGAGAGAGAGGUGCCUCGAAGCCCCACGGCCAGCAGCUGCACUAGUGGCUACUUUUCACACAGUGCCUCCAACGCUACGCUGUCUGACAUGCCUUUCAGUGGCAGCGAGAGCUCCGAUCACCUGAGCUUCACCUCCAGAGACCCCCAUGACCCUCUCAGCUGUCCUGCUGGAAGAGGCUGCACCCAAACAAAAAGUGUUUCUGCAGGGAGUGACACUCAGCAGCCUCCUCUCUCAGCAGGUGGGCACCCGAAUUGCACAGACAAGCAGCAAACAUGCCCUCUGCCUCACAACUGUGUUCUCAGUGCCAGCCAGGAGUUCACUGACUUUAAAGGGGCUGAUGACAGUAUUGGAGAGAGUGACUUAGCACAUUUUACAGAGGGAUGGACGCAGGAGGGUUUGGAGUUCUCUAUAAACCAGCAGAAGAAACCAGAUAACGUGGAAACAUGUCACACUGGCAGUCAAAACUCCUCUGAUGUCUCUGGUAUUAUCAACACAUCAGUUCCUGAAAACACUUCAACUGCUAUAUGCAAAUGUCCAAAUAAUACAGGCUCUGUUAGUGUAGCUGUACCCGUAUCUAUAGCCCCAUCCUCUCCCCCGACUCUGCGAGGAGGAGAACCUCUGAUCCAGGAGCCAGCCCAGGGAGAUCUGCCCCAUGGGAGUCCCUGUCCCAGUCCAAACCCCAGCAGCGCAGAGCCCUCAGGCGAUUCCAGCGGAGAUGAGAGCACCCCCGUAGCUCAGCUUCCUGACUGGAUGGCCCCUGGGGAGCAGGUGUGGGUGGGGAAGAGGAGAGGAAUAGUCCACUAUGUUGGAGGGGUGGAGUUUGCUAAGGGGAUCUGGAUUGGUGUGAAGCUUGACAUGGCAGUGGGUAAGCACAACGGGACUGUCCAGGGCAGAGUGUACUUCCGCUGCCCCCCGGGCCAUGGUGUGUUUGUGAAGCCAUCUCGUCUCACCAGAGGACCGCCCUCCAUGGACACAGAACCCCAGACUCUGAUCAGAUAGGACACAAAGAAGGACUGGCUUUCUGAGGAAUGGCAGGGACCCGCGGGUGGUCUUCAGAUCCAGUGCCUAUGGAUGAACCGCAGGCUGACUUCAACGUGGCUCCUCUGACCACUCAAGUCUCUGAGCUGAUAUAUUCUGUAGGCGUGUCUGCCUUCCUAAGCAUAUCUGACCUGUGCAUUUAAUGAAGGUAUAUCCUAAUUACUGUCCACUGAAAAUUCACUAUGCACAGAGUUUUCUAUAUGGUGAUAUUUUUGAUAGAGAACUUCACUUUUAACUGGGAGUCCAUAUGGAAAUAUUACCCACAUACAUUUUCUUACAUUGGUUUCUGAACAUUAUAUAUAAUAUUUUUCUAAGACAAUGCAUCCUCCCCUGAGGCUCAUAGUGGAUUAAUCUGGGAUAUGAAGAUUAAGAAUGUACUACUGUUAAUAAACAUUGAUAUUUACAUCAAUAUGAUAUGUCAGGGGUAACCAAAGAACUACGGUUCCAUAUCUGCUGUUAUGAGUAAUAUGUUAUUUUUCUAAUGUGCGUAUGUGGAGGUAAACAUUAUAUAUCUAUGUGUCCAAGUAAAGCUUAGUGCCAUAUCUCUAGGAGUAAUGCCACAAACCCUAAACAGAGGACAAAUCUGCAAAACCUGAGUUGCUUUCAGUGUUUGACUGCAGUUAUCAUGUUAAAUGAUCCUGUUGAAGUACUGUAACACUGUGGAGGAAAUAAUCCCCAUCCAGCAUGAGACUGUUGCUGUUUGAAUGCUUGCACUGGAAAGGAUUCUUGGAGAGUUCACCAACUGUCUUCCGUUUUGGACUGAUGAAAUAUUUUCUAACUGAAGUGACUGAGAAACUGUGCGUCAUCACUUUCAUCUGGGGAACAAAGCUGCUAUGCUUUGUCCAAGGCCAGGAUAUACUGAUGCCUUAAUGCCCUGUUUCCAUAAAGGCAGGCACAUAAAGCCCAGACUACUCAAUGAACUCCAUCACAAGUUCACUGAGUUUUAAACUAACUUACUAACUGUAUGGACCGUGAAACCUGUGUAUGUAAAUCCUGAUACCCAGAGGCAUUCAAAAUGCCACCUAGCCUCGCUGACUGACUGAUAGAAUAUCUUUUUAAUUGAUUGUCCAUCUGCAUUUUAUAUGUUAACUGACUGAUAUAUAACACUACAUGUUAAAAGGUACUCCAUAAUGCUUUUCACAUGGAGGAUUGGGUGAAUGGGUGAUGGACAGUAUCAGGUUAAAGCAGACGGUGCGAAAGUACAAGAGUUGUCAUAUGAACUUAUAUUUUUAUGGAAAUGAACUGUGGAACUGACUAGAAAUAGUUGUAUAUCCAAGCUAUAAUGUCAAGUAAAUGAAACAAACCCAAGACCUUACUUUAAAGAAGAGAACAAAGCUGCUCUCCCUCAUAAGGAGUUGUAAAUAGAAAUGUAUUUGAACAUAGUAUUUACACUAUUAUAAUGUACAGAAUUGUAUUUAUAAUGUAUCUCAAACUGUUUUAAUUGGUACAAAAUGUUCUAGAAUAGAACAUUUACAAUCAGUGUGCUGUGUCGACUCUUCAUUUGGCCCGUUCAAGCUGAUCUUGUUUGCAUAUUUGUGUAUGUUUUAAUAUUUUACAGCAGACACUGAGUAUACAUAGUAUUCAUUCCCUUGUGCUUCAAAGCAAUUCUAUGAAAGUGAAUUUGAAAUGUACUGUAUAUUAAAGGAGGCCUAAAAAUGUCCCAUAGCACCCGCUGCUAUGAAAAACUA